UGGCAACUUUAAUUUGUGUAUUUUGUUUUCUUUGUUUUCACAUUAGAUCGCAAUUGUUGCAGAAGCUCCACUAAAGAUUUUCAUAAUUUAUGAGGGGCUCAUGAUAGAAGAUUAUCUUUGCAGCGCCUCCAAUGUUUAACGAAGAUAUACAUAUAUAAAGUGAGGUGAAAAUAAACAACAAAUUACAGAUAUUACCUUUGAAGCAAAAUUAAAAAAAAAAACCUUAUUCACAUAUUUUCGAGUACUUAUAAAUUUGGCUUGUCAGUAAGAUUACAUAGCAGAAAAACUUUUAGAGCAACUAGAGACAGGAAUGGGUAAUAAUAUUGUUUAUGAAAUCGAUGAAGGCGAUGACUUCAAUGAUGUGGACGAAAUAUUGGGUGAGCAAUUAAGCUUAGCUGUUGGCACUGUAAUGAGUCAAUUGGAACAUUUGGAGCGAAUCAGUACAUUGGAAAGGCCAACAACGCAAAUGCCUGUGAUAAGAAAGAAACCAGAUUUGCGAACCUUUCGCCAUACCAUGUUAUACAAAGAAAUCAAAGCCUUAUGUGCACUGCCCGCUAAUAGUAAUCGACCAAGUGAACGCUGGUCUUUGACUCGCGGUCUACUUAAGCGUGAAAAUGGUAUAGCCGCACAUCCAGCUGGCUCCUUUACACCAAAUCAACAACGACGUAUAGCCAAUUUGUUUGUGCCUAAUAACAAGGAGGAGCGUCUAAUGUCCUUAGAAGCCAAAGUUUUUACUUGCAAAUUUAAUAAGGAUGGAAGCAAAUUAGUUACUGCUUGUCAAGAUUCUAUUAUACGUAUUUUUGAUUCCUCGAAAGGAACAUACCACCGCAUUAAUCGUAUAAUAACAGAUAUCUGCAAUUGGAGCAUAUUAGAUGUUGACUUCAGUCCUUGCGGACAAUAUCUUGCCUAUUCCACAUGGUCUGACGCGUUCUUUGUCUUGCCCGUAAAUAAUGACGGAAGAGAUAUGCAGUUUCAUAAUUUGAACGCAGAACAUACGCGCUCUGGCAUAUUCUCUUUACGUUUUUCGCCAUGUGGUCAAAAUAUAAUCGGCGGAUGUAAUAAUUCUUUAAUUUACAUGGUUGAUCGUGAGACGCAUGCAGUUCGGAUGAUAAAUGCCGAACGAAACCAUAAAACUGAUAUUAAUGCUGUAAGCUUUGUUAGCGAUCAAGAUUCAAAUAUAUUCGUUUCCGGUUGCAAUGAUGGGGUGCUUAAGUUGUGGGAUUUACGAUGUGCUGGUAGCUCAAUGCGAGGUGGACACAGUUCAGGCUCGGGAAGUAGUAACAAUAGAUACAGUAGCAGUACUGCUAGACAAACACCAGUUGGUGUGUUCAAAGGCCAUUUAGAUGGUAUUACUUACAUCGACCCCCGCAAUGAUGGCCAUUAUAUAUUGACAAAUUCGAAAGAUCAAAGCAUUAAAAUUUGGGACUUACGAAUGACAACGCCCAACAACAAGUUAAAUAAGGUCAAACUGCCAUUAAUUCAAUGGGAUUAUCGAUGGGACACUGUACCACGCGAAUAUUACAAUCCAAAAGCGACACUUGAAGGUGACGUUAGUGUCAUGACCUAUCGCGGUCAUCGUGUUACAAAGAGUCUAUUGCGGGCAAAAUUCUCUCCAGCAUUACAAACUGGACAACGAUAUAUUUAUACUGGCUGUGGAACAGGCAGAAUUAUAAUAUAUGAUGUGUUGACUGGGCAAAUAAAAGAGGCUAUUGAGGGUCAUAAAGACAUUGUACGAGACUUGUCGUGGCACCCUGUUCGUUCUGAGAUUGUUUCAAGUUCGUGGGAUUCACAUGUAAACCUCAACACAUUUAAACAUAAUCCCUUGCUAAAAAGACCAAGUACUGGUCCGGGUUAUCAAGGCUCUUUGAGGCGUUCACUGCGCAUAGCGCAUCAAAAUGCUGUCAUCGAUGACGAUGCCGAAGAGGAUGAUCCCGAAGCAACUUGGUAGCAGUCACAUUGAUUUUAUGCCAGAAGAAACUUAAUGAAUUAAAAUGAAAUAAACGCAGCAUCAGAAUCGAAGCAAAAUGAACUUUCACGUACAUGCUUUUGAUUCAAAAACACAUACAAAUAUUAAUGUAUUGUAUACAUAUACAUACAAAUAUAUUACGAUUAGUCUGCAUUCUUACUUUUAAGUGUUGUAUUACCUAAAAUUACAUUUACGUAUGAAUAUGUAAAUAUUUAAUGUUAUACUAAGAGGUGAUUUAUCCGCAUUAUACUUGUGUGAUAAGUGUUCUGCAGCAGUCAAAAUUUAAAUGAUAAUUUUCACGCACCUGUGAAUAUUCGAUUCUUUGACUACUGUCCUAAUUAGGUCACUAUCGUUUUUGUAACACAACGUAAUUUAACAAGAAAUUUAAAUUAAAUAAAAAUGGAUUCACUCAGGCCUA